GUACGGAAGCCGGGGAGGUCCGGCUGCUUGCGCGGUGGUGUGGGUCUCCACCCGAGAGUAUGGCUGCCGGGAGUGUAGUGGUGUGAGAAUGUGGCAGGGAGAGAUGAAGAGGAUGAAGAAGGAGUCCCGAUACUGAAGUUGUUUUUUUUUAAAUUAAUUUUAAUGGAGUUUUAUUUUGUGUUUUUUUUAGAUAUCGUCUGAGCAGCCCCUUUUAUUGUUUAUCUUUUUUGCGCCUCUCCAGGACCAUGCUCGAUUCUGAUAAGUUUUAUUUUUUUUCCGUUUUUAUAACACAUUGGUUUGUGUGAGCUAAUGAAGAAGUGCAAGUUUUCAUUUUCAAAUUCCCUGUGCAGUUCCCAGACAACCUAAGCGGAUUCGACAAACCUACAGUUAUCUGGUUACAGGGUUGGUGAUGUAUGCCACUAUGGUGGGCUGCUGUGGGACAAUGCUAUUUUUUGCCGAUUAUAAUUAGCUGCACCGUUUCGUGGAAAUGGGCCGAGGGUGCUUAUUAGUAAAAACAAACAUGCCACCGUUGCCUUCUUAAUUGAUUCUACAUUGCAAAGACAUAUUUUUAAUUUUUAAGAGUGCAGGCUGAAGAAUCUCCCUCACUCCCCACCCCCCGAGUUUCCUUUUUCCUUUUAUUUUAUUUUAUUUUUUUACCUUUCUUGAUGUGUGCUUAAUACUAUUUUUGCUUUUUUUCGGAACGAUGCGUGAAUAUAAAGUGGUAGUGCUGGGCAGCGGCGGGGUUGGAAAAUCCGCCUUGACUGUGCAGUUCGUCACUGGCACCUUCAUUGAGAAAUACGACCCCACGAUCGAGGACUUCUACCGCAAGGAGAUCGAGGUGGACUCGUCGCCCUCCGUGCUGGAGAUUCUGGACACUGCGGGUACCGAGCAGUUCGCCUCCAUGCGCGAUCUCUACAUCAAGAACGGACAAGGGUUCAUCCUGGUUUACAGUCUGGUGAAUCAACAGAGCUUCCAGGACAUCAAGCCCAUGAGGGACCAGAUCAUCAGAGUCAAAAGAUAUGAAAAAGUGCCUGUGAUCUUGGUGGGGAACAAAGUGGACCUAGAAAGUGAAAGAGAGGUGUCUUCAGGUGAAGGUCAAGCCCUGGCAGAGGAGUGGGGUUGCCCCUUCAUGGAGACCUCGGCAAAGAGCAAAACCAUGGUGGACGAACUUUUUGCAGAGAUUGUGCGGCAGAUGGAUUACGCUGCCCAGCCCGACAAAGAUGACCCCUGCUGCUCCUCCUGCAAUAUACAGUAAUGGGAAUCUUGGAAUGCCAUUCAUUUACUGUAGUUAAACAAAAACACCGUUUUAAAUCCUAAAUAGGAUUGUGGGAAUGUUUACUUUUUUAAAAUGCAUAACAAGUCUUAUAAAAGGCACUGUAGUAAAGAAUACAAAAAGAGAAACAGCAGAGGGAACUGAAGUGGAGGAUCUGGCUAGCGCUUUCUCUUGAGCUGAAAGUAACGUUUAGGUAACAAAUCUGUGAACCCUUAAUGUUCAUUCAAACCUUUUGGUACAAAUUAGGUAUUUAUCAAAAAGUUUGAUUUCACCAAAAUUACUUUCACAAAGUAAUUCACCUUCGGGAUGUUUUAUUAUUGUUUGGACUGGCCAUUGCACACAGUUCAAACAAGUUGAGUUUAUGUAAGAUACAAACUGUUAGCGGUGCCUUAUGGUGCUCAACUCCACCAUGACAGAGAAGCUGAUUUCUCCUGAAUUGCAAAUGAAAAUAAGGCGACAUCAUCUAAAUAAACCACAUUUUUAAGAAUUGGUUACAACCGGAUGCAUAAGCCAGGCGUUUCAAGACCUCUGUAUCAUUAAACAUUUUAUUAAAAAUAGUUACCUUCAUUUUUUUUUUUUAAUUCAUAUUCACUUGCAAGAGUUAUUAAUCAUCAGCCUGUCAAAAAUGUCUUGAAUUGUUUGUUUACACUGCAGAAAUUCUAAUUUUUCUGUGUUUUACGUCUCCCUGCACACCGUAACCAUGGAGUAUUGGCAAGCUAUAUUAUACAGUAAGUGCUCCUACUCUAUUGUUCCAAGCCAUUGUGAUUUUUCACAUUUAAUAAGAAAUAAAUAAUAAAAGUUGUGUUUUUUUUAACACAUUGAUUUCUUUAAAAAAACUAGAUGUCUCUUAAAGGGCUUUGUUGUACAUGUUAAUUAUAUGCAGUACUAACCCAUCACCCACGCACCCACCUACACAAGCAUCCUAGAAAUAAAGAAUAAAAAGAAAGUGAAUAAAAUUUCCAGCUAUAAAUUGAGGCCGAGUUAAUUGGAAAAGUAGCAUUGGGUUUCUGUUUGUUAUUUGUUUGUAACAUGACUGACUCGAGGCUUUUUCAGAGGUUUUACUCCUAUGUGAACUUUCACAAUGAGCGCAAAUUCAAGCCACUGUAAAUAUUUUGUAAUAAAAGGUGCUAAUUGUUCACACAAAGAGAAAAGAAACAUCGAAACGUACAGUCUGCGCUGCGAGAAGGACUCUGCUCUGGCAUUUGCUGAAUGCAGAAGACGUUGGCCAUUGAGCCGUGAGGCGUCACCAGCUGACAGAGCCCGAGUCCUGAUCUUCUGUACAAUGGACUAAGGAGGGACUUCCUGAGAAAAUCUACUACCUUAAUCUUUAUUUCUUUGUUGUUUACAGAUUUCACUUAUUAUUCUUUGUUCAUUACACAUGUUGACGUAAUAUUUUAUGUUUGUAUAUUGAAAUAGUUUGACACAGAUGGGAACUCGCGUUGUUACUUCAGUUUGUACGUAUCAGGAGCGAUGUUAUUCUUCAAGACAUGCGACUUGUCUCUGAAAUAUUGUGUGGGUAACACAGGGGGGAACAAACCUGCUCUGUGUCUGCUGAUUUCUUUUCAUUUAGGAGUCCAGAGAGGUUUUAUUACAGAGUACUCAUUAAGAAGAUGUACCUCCCGCAACCUGAGCCAUUUCUUGGUCCUGUGUUAAAUUUAUUUGCCAUGUAAGUACCCCACAUCCCUCCCAAUGUUCAAAAUGCAAAUUACACUUAAAAAAGAUGCUUAAAUCAUUCAGAAUGAAGUCCAUUUACCCUCUUUAACACUUUAGCUUUCCAAACAACUGGGGGACGGUAUUAGCAAUUUGAAAGAGUGACAGUUAGGGUCAACUGCAGUUAUCUUCUCUUAGAAAUUCCCAUAAAGAGAUUGAAUCCCUUGUAGCAGCUAACCAAAAAAUAAAACUCCUAUAGCCGGGCUCCUGUAUGGUCACUGUGGGCAACCCUAAAUGCAUUUGUCUAAAUGGGGGAAUUAAGUAAAAUGUUUUAGUUGCAGACUAAUGAUUCUACUUUUAAAAAUCAUCUUUUAAAUAUUUAUUGCAACUGAGCCACCCAUCAGCCAUGUAGCUAAUUUGGCUGGCUAACCCGAUUAGGAUACGGCAUCACCAGCAUGACUAGGCCUGUUUGUUUCCAGUAUGUAACGAAGGGCUUUCAUUCGUCCGUUCCCUUUCCCACAAUUUCCAACUCUGUCCUCAAAUUUGUGUCUUAACUAUUUCGUGGAUCAGAAAUUUUAUUCAUUCAAUAAAGAUUAUUGAAAAUA